AUGCCGGCUCAGAAGCAGCCACUUCGAAUGAAAGCCAGGAGAUACCAUGUUGAACACAGAAGGAUAAAUGUUCAGAUUUACAGGGGUCUCAAAAGUAUUUUUCUCCUUUGGAUAGACAGCGAACAAGAAGGCAGAAUAGGAAAGAUGACAGUAUCUCCCAUACCAAUGGAUAUAGAUGUCCAGGUUGAAAGCAUUGACAGCAUUUCAGAAGUUAACAUGGACUUGACAAUAACUUACCUAAAGCAUUACUGGAAGGAUGAGAGGCUCUCCUUUCCCUGCACAACAAACAAAAGCAUGACCUGGUAUCGAUUGAUCAAAAAGAUUUGGGUCUCUGAUAUCUUUUUAGUCCAUCCCAAAAUAUCUUUCAUUCAUGAUACAACUGCGGAGAACAUCAUGCUACGUGUACCCACCCCAAAAAAAACCAUCCUUUUCAGUCUGAGGAUAACAGUUUUAGCCAUGUGCUUUAUGGAUUUCAACAGGUUUCCUCUUAAUACUCAAAGAUAUUGUCUUGAACUGGCAAGCGGUGCCUAGAAUGGAGGGGAUCUGAUGUUGUACUGGAAACAUGGAAACAAGUCUCUACAUACUGAUGAGGAUAUUUUUCUUUCUCAAUUCUUCAUUGAGGAAUUUACUGUGUCCAGUGGAUAUGCUUUCAAUACUCGCACAGGUUGGUACAACAGAAUUUACAUCAACUUUGUGCUAAGUAGGCAUAUUUUCUUCAUGCUGCAAAGUUAUUUCCCAGCUAUUUUGAUGGUAAUCCUUACAUAGGUUUCAUUUUGGGUUGACCAAAGAGCUGUUCCAACAAGAAUGUCUCCAGGAAUCACCACAGGGCUGACCAUGUUCACGAUCAUCACUGGCAUGAGUGCCUCCACACCUCAGGUGUCGUAGAUCAGUAUGAAUGGGCACUUAUGGGUCAGCUCCAUCUUCGUGUGCCUGUCACUCAUUGAGUAUGCAACCGUGAACUACCUCACCACACUGGAAAGAUGGGAACAAUUCAAAAGAAGAGGGAAGUGUUCUGGAAUGUUCCAUAUCAAUACAGUUCAAGACAUGGCCUUUGAUGGUUGUUGCCAUCUUCAUGAGUGUGACAUUGAUGAUAUUCCCUUUUCUCUGCACCCUGGAGAGGUCUCUAUCUGAGGAAGAUCCAGAGACAAGCCCAUUACAGAUUCCCAUCAGAUUUAAAGAAGAAAAUCCCUAGGAGGAUGUGUUGGCAGAAUCAUUCUAGAAAACCACCACAUUAUUGAUACCUAUUCAAGGAUUUUAUUUCCCAUUGUGUGUAUUAUAUUUAAUUUGUUUUACUGA